GCUCUUCCAGAAGUGUAUCACAAUACCUUGAAUGACCAGGCGGUUUUUAAGUCCCUGUUAGGUGUGUAUUUCAAAAAGCAACCAGAAACCCUGACGGCUGCAUUGGGCAGUUAUUUAAAACUUUCCUGUUCUGUCCAUGCCAAAAACCUUGACACCCCACCCACAAUCAGCUGGUUCAUGAACGAUGCUCCUCUGGAGUUUGCUGAAACUAAUGAGAUCGAGGUACCCAUGGGUGAUAAAGAGUGGGUAACCACCAGUGAACUGAUCCUUCCUUCUGUAAGGAUCAGAGAUGUUGGAAGCUACAAGUGUAAGACUGUGGCAAAAGGGAAUGAAAUUUUCUCUGAUGACACCUACCUCCAACUGGAAGGGGUAUAUUUCCAAAAGCACCCGGAAAGUCUUUCUGCCUCGUUGGACAAAAGCGCUAAGCUGUCCUGCUCUUUCCGUGCCCGCCCCAUUGUCGAGCCGGCCGAAAUCAGCUGGAUGAGGAACGGUGCUCCUCUGGAGCUGGCUGAGAAUAAUCAAUCGCAGGUGGCCUUGGAUGAAAAAGAGUGGGUGACUACCAGUGAAUUGAUCAUCUCUUCUGUAGAUUAUACAGAUGUUGGACAUUACAAGUGUGUGGCCACGGCAGAAGGAUCUAAAAUUUUCUCUAAUGAUGCCUACCUUGGAUUGAGAGGUUAAGAGAUCUUUGAAAGAUUCAAAUAAUAAAAAUGGACAGGAUUUGCUGUGAGAUGAAUGACAUGCAGAAUCCAGAACCAGGACACCUCAACUCCAGUUCCUUGCUCUUGCAAGUGUAGUCCCCAAUAAAUAAUAUUCUUCUAGAA